CAACUUGUCCCUUGCGAGCGUGCGGAUGCACUAUCAAGUCCGUAUCGGCUUAAUGGUGUAUCCGCACGUUCUCACCUGAAUGCUUGUCCGCACCAGAACUCAACCCCGUAUUUAUAGUUUAUUUAAGGUGAUAGAUGAAUAUAUAUAUGGAUGCAGGUAUGCAGUUGUGACAGGAGGAAACAAAGGGAUGGGGUUUGAAAUUUGCAGGCAGUUAGCUUGUGAUGGAGUUACGGUGGUUUUGACUGCGAGAAACGAGAAGAAGGGAAGUGAAGCUGUGGAGAAACUUAGAGCUUUUGGCUUCUCCGAUGGUGAUGUGCUCUUUCACCACCUGGAUGUUACCGAUCCCUCCACUGUCUCUUCCCUUUUUCAUUUCGUCAAAACCAAUUUUGGAAGACUUGAUAUUUUGGUGAAUAAUGCUGGAGUUAUUGGAUUGGCAAUGGAUGAAAACGUUCUAAAAUCUUUACAGAUGAAGGGAGCCCAUUGGUCGAGUGCACUUUUCCACAAUUAUGAGUUGACUGCUGAAUGCAUUGAAAUAAAUUACUAUGGAUCAAAGAGAAUGAGUGAGGCAUUUCUCCCCCUCCUCCAAUUGUCUAAAUCUCCAAGAAUAGUAAAUGUCAGCUCUGGUGAUGCAAAACUGGAGAAAAUAUGUGAUGAGUGGGCCAAAGGAAUAUUAAACAACGUUGAAAGCCCCCCUGAAAAGCUUGACGAAGUGCUGAAUAAAUACUUGGAAGACUACAAAAAUGGUUGCUUAAAGUACAACGGAAAGUUUCCAAUCCCAUCGGCCUACACUGUUUCCAAGGCAACCAUGAAUGCUUAUGCAAGAACCAUAGCGCACAAAUAUCCUUCUUUGCAGGUCAACUGUGUCAACCCUGGCUAUGUUAAGACAGACCUAACCUUCAACACCGGUGGGAUUACGGCAGAAGAAGGAGCUCAGAGUGUUGUGAGGGUGGCUCUACAGCCUGAAGAUGGACCUUCUGGCGUCUUCUUUGAUCGUCAAGAAAUUAUAUCAUUUUAAUAAGAGUUAAUUCCGAUUAUGGUCUCUCGAUUACUGUAGUGUUUUCUAUUUUGAUUUUCGUGUUUAAAAUAUCUAUUUACUUUUUUUUUUUUCAUUGUUGUAAUAUGUGGUCCCUAAAUACCUAAUAAGACCGAGAGAAUUGAGCUUGGUACUGCUAAUUUAUAUAUGUUUGUAUUUCUAUA